ACGGAUUUACGGCUGUCGUGCUCCCCGUAUCCGCCAUCAUGAAAGCCGCGGAGUUGGUGGAGGAGCGAAGGGCGCCGAUGGAGGGAGGAUCGCAGGAAGAGGCAGAGCGGAAUACAGAUGCGGCGGAGGAGCAGGAGGAGCCCGAGGAAGCGGACUGCGACAGCAGCAGCAAGAAGAAGAAGAGGGUAGUGCCGGGUAUUGUUUACCUGGGACACGUCCCGCCGCGAUUCCGGCCCUUGCACGUUCGCAACCUGCUCAGCGCCUACGGUGAGGUGGGACGCGUUUUCUUCCAGGCCGAAGACCGCUUUGUGAGACGCAAAAAGAAGGCAGCUGCGGCUGCAGGAGGGAAGAAGGCAGCUAAAUACAGCAAGGACUAUACAGAAGGCUGGGUGGAAUUCCGUGACAAGCGCAUAGCCAAGCGAGUGGCAGCCAGUCUACAUAACACGCCCAUGGGUGCCCGCAGGCGCAGCCCCUUCCGUUAUGACCUCUGGAACCUCAAGUAUUUGCAUCGUUUUACUUGGUCUCAUCUCAGCGAACACCUUGCCUUUGAGCGCCAGGUGCGGAGGCAGCGCCUAAGAGCAGAGGUUGCCCAAGCAAAGCGAGAGACUGACUUCUAUCUUCAAAGUGUUGAACGGGGAAAACGCUUCCUUGCAACUGAUGGGGAUGCUACUCGCCCGAAUAGCUCCUGGACAUUUGCUCAACGUCCCACUGAGCAGGAGCUGAGGGCCCGGAAGGCAGCGCGGCCAGGAGGGCGGGAACGAGCUCGACUGGCAAACUUCCAAGACCAGGCCCGAUCCAACAAAGGGCUCCUUGCCAGGAUAUUUGGAGCCCCUCCUCCUGCAGAGAGCAAAGAAGAACCAUAGCCAGCAAGGGACUCCUGGUUGAAAAGGAAGCCACUUGUACCUACCAGCCCUGCUCUCUCCCACAGAGUGUAACCAACAGCCCAGGAAGAUAUAUUCUCUCUAUUCUGCAGACCAAGGGUCUGGUAAAAGGGCCUUUUUUUGUAGGCCUCUUUUACCCACCCUGAUCAAAUCCUGUAAGUGCCCAGCUGAGAACUUACUCUUACUCUCCAGGCUGAUUACUCCUGGAAGUGCCUGUUUUCUUUUGUUGGACUUCUGGUUGCCUGCCUCUUUCUCAGUGGGCUGCUAGCAAUUUCUGGCUUGAAAAGUGUGGAUUUGCCUUCCACUAGCGUAGCCAUGACAAGUCCAUGUGAUCUAUGGUGUUCAUUCACUGUGAUAGGCGACAGAAUUAACAGGAAUUGACUUAGUGGCCCAAUUUGAAGUUUUUGUUUGAAAAUAAAAAAUAAUCCAAAGCUACAGAAAAACCCUGUUUCAAAAAAACAAAACAAAAAAAUUGUAUGUGUUUAGUUUUUUAGGUGGGAAUCGUUGAGUGAGUUUCAGCUUCUUUUGAAGCCAAACUCAGUUACUCUGGUGCAGACAUAAUCCUUGUCUACUCAUGACUCAUUUUGAGAUAGGGCCUCACUCAAGUAUUCAGGGCCAUGGGUUUAUUCUGUAAGUUACUGGUAAGCCUUGAGCUAACUCUGUGGCCAGGUAGGCCCUGAACUUGAAAUCCUGUCUCAGGCUCCCAAAGAGCUGAGAUUAUAGGUAUGUGUCAACAAACCUAGCUUCAAUGUUAAACAUACAUACAUACAUACAUAUAUACAUAAAAUAAUUUAUGUUCCUUUUCUUUGUACGAUAAGUUUCUCAUCUUGAAAAGAUGUUUACAAGUUAUGAACCCUAUCUUUUAAAAUGUUUCAGUACUCAUUUUGGUUUGUGCCUUAUGUAUAAAAAUUAUACAUGUGGUAAGAAAGAUACUACUAGAUGUAGGGAAAAAAGACAGCUGCUGUAUGAGCCAGACCUUCAUGGGUCCUUUCUGCCUGCCUUUACAGCCCCUGUUCCUAUCUCCAUUCCUCUUCCUCAGCCCAGUCCACACUGUGGCUCUGUCACAUGAACCACCCUCCUCAGCACCUUCUGAAACUUCUCUUCCAACAGCCUGACACCUGGCCUCUUGCUCCCUUCUCUACAAGCUCAGGUGUAUUUCUUCUUCGUGAUCAAGUCAGAUAGGAUGUCAGGCUGGCUUCCCUGGCUUCCCCUCCCUAGGUGGGUGCUCUGCUUCUGUGGAGCUGGAACACUGAUUUCUGUCUGGGGUGACAUUCCUCCUAUUUUACCGUAAUUGUUAUUUGCUUCCUUGGUGUUCUUAGGAAUGAAGAUUGAACUUUUAUCUUUCGCUCCUUGGGGUUUCAGUUAAUAAAUAUUCACUAACUCUUUGAGUUGCUGUGAGGAGAGAGAUUAUAAAAAUCCUGAAGAAUAUGUUCUGCACAUUACCUGUGAUGUUUACUUUGACAACCAAUUCUGGAACUAUUUCUACUUGUGACAGUGGUAAGGAGUGGCAGGAAGUUCUUUGUCUAAAGAGUCACAUAGCUAAUAAAAGGGAGAGUUGCAUCUUCA